UGUGCCAAGCCAGCAGCUGCCAGAGAAGGCCGACCUGAAGGCCAGCAUGCACAGAGUCCGCCUGCAUGAGCAAGUGGCAGGGCGGGAGGGCCGUGCCCGGGAUGGCGCGUCGGGCAGGGAGAUGGAUAGCCUGCCAGCCAGGCGCGGACAGCAGAUGGAGAGCUAGAUUAAUAGGCACUGGCUCUGCCGACAGAGGUGAGUCACAGAGCUCGUCCACUCCCGCACUGGGCCCGUCUCGCCGGUGGGGGAGCAGCCACGGGAUUCAGAGACCCAUCUCUCCUCAGCCGCCAGGAUGCGCUGGCCUCCUCCUGAGGAAUUCCCACGGAGGCGCUGAGCCCUGGAGCGGCUCCGUAGCAGCUGGACGGCCCAGGCUGCACCACGGACAGCUACACCAGGAGCAGGCUGCACAAAGCGCCAGCCCAGCCCAGCGCUGGCGGUGAGGAGCAAGCCCCCGGGCAGGCCACCUGGGUGCACAUUCCCAGGGGACCCCAGCAGCUCCAGCCCCGACGGAGUAGUGGGCACAGCAGAGCUGCGGCAGGCCGAGUGGGUAGCGAAGGACUGCAGCUGUCAGGCCUCGAGGGUAUCUGCUGGGACCUCCGGAACAGGCCAGGCUGGGCCAGAGGGGAACCCACGGCUGGGCAACCUGCUGCCUGGCACCUGGUGACGCAGCGGGGAGACAAGCCCAGCCCAGGCCAGCCGGCGGCACUGCUGUCGCAGCAGGGCUCGCGGGCGUUUCGGCUCCGCAGGCGGCAGCACAGGGAGUGGAGCGGAGCACAAGCUGGCGGCUCCCGGACCAGCUGCUGCCGUCAGGAAGAGCUGGAAGGUCGGGGCCAGGUGCAGCUCCGCACCACUGGACUCUCCCUCUGCCAAGGGACGAGCAGGGACCCUGGGGGCAGGCGGAGGAGCGCCUGGGACACAGGCCUGAUCCCAUGUUUGCAGCAGCCGGAGGGAGCUCGUCUCGUGCUGGUGACCAGGGAGGCUGCUGAGAAAGCAGCAAAUCUGCAUCCUGUGCCGGGAGGCCCCGUCUCGCUCUGGGGAACCUGCAAAAUUGGCACGAGCACCUCGGGGCUGUCUGCGCCCGGUGGGAGGGCUGAGUCAGCGGGCGAGACGGCAGGGUCUGGCGCCCACCGCUCCCCGCCGCGCUUCCGCGUGCGUGUUCUUGGCAAGCACCAGCCGGCAUCUAGCAGCACGGGAGGCAUCUCCGUGACAUGAGGCAUCACUGCAGCCCUGCCUGCCGGCUCCCGGAGACGCUGCUGGCUGCCUUGCACUCUCCCGCGUGAGCCGGCAGAGGAUGGAGGUGACUGGCAGCCUGUGGGCCAAGGAGCCUUCGCCGAAGCCAGGAGAACAGCGGCCGCGAAAGCGAGGAUUACAAACGCCCUCACGCUGAGUGCAGUGCGUGCACCAGGCCUGCUCCCGGAUCCCGGGGCUCCCGUGCCGCCCCGGCCAGCGCCUCCCUCGUGGGACUUUGUGCCGAGAUGCUCGCCCCCCCUUCCUGCGAGCUCCCGGCGCAGAUGCCUCGGGUCCUGGCAGACGGCCGUGCCCCUGCCCCCGCGUGCUGAGGGACCUUGUGCGUGGGGAGCGGAGAGGGGGCCACAGCUGGCGUCCGGACUCCAGCCCCCGAGGCAGCACGGCUGCUGCCAGCAGCCCGCUUGGCAGAUCCAGGGCCACGGGAGCCGCUAACACCUGCUCUCUCUGGGCACGGAGCCCGUGAAGGGCUGGCCUGGGACUGCUCGUUGCUGUCCGCAGCGGGGCCCUGAGGGCUGACAUGUGACUCCUGGCCCGCCGGGGUCGCGAGAGGUCUGGCUGCCGCAGCAGGGUCCCGGCGGGGACAGAGACCUGCUGCGGGCUGGUGAGACCCACCGUGGUGGCGCCCAGACGAUGCCGGCGUCCUGUCUGCCAGCCCCACUCCAUGCUGCUGCCCAGGGGAUGGGGCUCUUGGGCUUCUCGUGGACCCUGUCGCUUCUGCUCUGUGCCCUGGAGCGGCCAAGGGCCCUGGCCGUGCGCGUGGAGGCAGCGAGCCCUGGCCUGGAGCCCGCGGGGGACAGCGCGCUGCUGGUGGGCGGCCGCGUGAAGCGUGGCUGGGUGUGGAACCAGUUCUUCGUGGUUGAGGAGUACACGGGCACGGAGCCGCUGUACGUGGGGAAGAUCCACUCGGACUCGGACGAGGGGGACGGCUCCAUCAAGUACACCAUCUCCGGGGAGGGCGCAGGCACCAUCUUCCUCAUCGACGAGGUCACGGGCGACAUCCAUGCCACCGAGCGCCUGGACCGGGAGCAGAAGACAUUUUACACGCUGCGGGCUCAGGCCCGGGACCGCCAAACCGACCAGCUGCUGGAGCCCGAGUCCGAGUUCAUCAUCAAGGUGCAGGACAUCAAUGACAGCGAGCCCCGCUUCCUGGAGGGGCCCUACAUUGGCAGCGUGGCCGAGCUGUCGCCCGUAGGCACGUCUGUGAUGCAGGUGAUGGCGUCGGACGCCGAUGACCCCACGUACGGCAGCAGUGCCCGGGUGGUGUACAGCGUGCUGGACGGUGAGCAGCAUUUCACGGUGGACAGCAAGACAGGCGUGAUCCGCACGGCGGUGGCCGACCUGGACCGCGAGACGCAGGACCGGUACGAGGUGGUGAUCCGCGCCACGGACAUGGCAGGGCAGCUGGGCGGCCUGUCGGGAUCCACCACCGUGACCAUCGUCAUCACGGACGUCAACGACAACCCCCCACGGUUCCCGCAGAAGAUGUACCAGUUCAGCGUGGCAGAGACGGCGCCCACGGGCACGGCAGUUGGGAGGGUCAAGGCGGAGGAUGCCGACGUGGGGGAGAACACGGACAUGAUGUACCAGAUCAAGGAUGAGGAGGGUGUGGAGUUGUUUAGGGUCACCACCGACAGCAACACCCAGGAGGCUGUGGUCCUCGUGCAGAAGCCGCUGGACUACGAGUCGAAGCGGGUGCACACGGUGGUGGUGGAGGCCCUCAACAAGUUCGUGGACCCACGGUUCGUGGACCUGGGCACCUUCCGGGACCAGACCAUCGUGCGCGUGUCCGUGCUGGACGUGGACGAGCCCCCCGAGUUCCGGCCGCCCUCCGGCCUGAUGGAGGUGCAGGAGGACGCCCGCGUUGGCUCCGUGGUGGGCGUCGUCACCGCGCUGGACCCCGAUGCUGCCAACAGCCCUGUCCGGUAUGCCAUCGACCGCAGCACCGACCUGGAGAGUAUCUUUGACAUCGACGCCAACACCGGUGCCAUCAUGACCGGCAAGGUGCUGGACCGCGAAACGGCCGGCUGGCACAACAUCACGGUGCUGGCCAUGGAAGCAGACAACCACUCCCAGGUGUCCAGAGCAUCUCUCCGUAUCCGCAUCCUGGACGUGAACGACAACCCGCCCGAGCUGGCCACCCCGUACGAGGCCGCGGUGUGUGAGGACGCCAAGCCUGGCCAGCUGAUUCAGACGAUCAGCGUCGUGGACCGGGACGAGCCGCAGAGCGGCCAUCGCUUCUACUUCACGCUGGUGCCAGAAGCCACCAACAACCGCCACUUCUCACUGCUGGACGUGCAGGACAACACGGCCGCGGUGCACACGCAGCGAGUGGGCUUCAACCGCCAGGAGCAGGACAUCUACCUGCUCCCCAUCCUGGUGGUGGACAGCGGCCCGCCGGCGCUGAGCAGCACGGGCACGCUGACCAUCCGGGUGUGUGGCUGCGACAGCGCUGGCGCCAUCCAGUCCUGCAACAGCACCGCCUAUGCCAUGACAGCCACGCUGAGCCCCGGCGCCCUCAUCGCCCUGCUGGUCUGCAUCCUCAUCCUGGUCGUGCUGGUCCUGCUGAUCCUCACCCUGAAGCGCCAUCACAAGAGCCACCUGGCGUCAGAGGAGGACGAGGACAUGAGGGACAAUGUCAUCAAGUACAACGAUGAGGGGGGCGGGGAGCAGGACACCGAGGCCUACGACAUGUCGGCCCUGCGCAGCCUCUACGACUUCAGCGAGAUCAAGGGGGGGGACGGCGGGGGCGGCGCGGGCGACGGUGGCCUGAGCAGCAGCCUGGCCUCGGAGCUCCACGCCCUCCCGCAGUGGGUCCAGAGCCCGGACCUGGACUUCUCCAUGUUCAGAGACUACAUCAGCAAGAAGGUGGAGCAGGCGGACGAAGACCCGUCGGUGCCGCCCUAUGACUCCUUCCAGACCUACGCCUUCGAGGGCGCGGACUCGCCCGUCCCGUCCCUGAGCUCCAUCAACACCUGGUCCACCAGCUCGGAGCAGGACUUCUCCUACCUGGGCAGCUGGGGGCCGCGCUUCCGGCAGCUGGCCACGCUCUACGCCGGGCACAAGGGCGAGGAGGAGGGCGAGGAGUCCUAGCCACGCCGGACUGCCCGGCCGCACCGACACCGGGCGCGCCCCCGGACCCGGGGGCUGCUGCAGGCGCAGGCGCAGACGCGGGCUCCGUCGGACGCCGUGGACGAUGCGCCAGCCGGAGCGCGGGGCCCGGCCGCGGCACCGGGAGGCCGAGGCGGCGCAGCCGGCUCUGGACGGGGCAGCGCCAGGGAUGUGAUGUGCUUUGUUACCGCCUCGUUUCUGAGGCUCCGGCGCACACACGUAAGGAGGCUGAAGUGCCCAGCGGAGCCACUGUCGCCAUCAUAAUCUCUUUAAUAACAAUCUCCAUUAAAGCACUACACAUUAAUUUAAGAAAGGGAAAAUCUAAUUCAAGAGAGCUCGGAGGGGGCUUCCCCCCCACAAAUUAUCAUUUAAAUAGAUCUGUUCAAUGAGCCUGGGCAAGGGAAGGAAGAGAGAAACGGGAGCCUUUUGUUGUCUAAAUUGUUUUUGUCACUUGAUUCAGAGCAUUUGAAGUGCUUUGAUUUUUUAAGAGCUUUCCUCGCAGAGAGAAGCCAGCUUUUAACUCCUGUUCUGUUCCCCCCUCGCCUUUCCUCCCCCUCCCCGACUCCUCUCCUUUCUUUCUGUCCCUCCGGCGCGGGCGGGGGUCCGGGCUGCCAUGUCUGCCGUCCCGGCGGCUUGCGGCCCCAGCGCGUGUUUGCCGGGACGUGGGCCCCGUGCUGGGCGCCUGUCCAAGGGUCGGCCACGCGGGCGGCUGCCGUUCGAGGGAGGCCUCGCUCCUGGCAGACUUUGCCCUUGUUGCUACACGUCUCCUGCCUCGUUGUUGCCGGUUCUUGCAGAGCCGUGCUCAAACCAUCGUCCCUCCCAGCCCGUUGCCCCUGCACCGUGGGCUGGGGCCUGGAGGUGCCGUCACCGCAGCAGGGGCGCAGCUGCAGCUCGAGGGAGCCGGCUCCUGCUCUGAGCCCCCUCGUGGCAGGAGCUGAAGGGGGGCAGAGCCGUGGGGCAACCGGGCACAGGCAGUCCUGACACGGUGGGCACGCGGUGGUGCGUGGCUGGUACCAGCACGCUGCUCCUGCGGGCCCUGACAAUGGGAGGGGGCGAGUCUUGUGGAGCCGGGCCCUGGGGUGAAUAAAAGCGUGGUGCCCGGGCUGGUGUCUGCGAGGCAGAUGCUGCUCGGGGGGAUGGUGCUCACGACCCUGCGCUGCUCGGGGCUGUAGGCCGGUGCCAGAGCAGGGGUGGAAGCCGCCAAGCCCGAUGUCCCAGGAUGCUGCAUCUUACCUGGCAGCCCCACGUGGAGCCCCACGGCGCUGGCGGCCCGGAGCAUCCCAGUCCUGGGGAGGCUGCGCGUGCCCGUGCUGCAGGGCAGAGCGUGGCAGAGGCCGUGUGCUGCGGGCGCGUGGCAAGGCACGGAUCAGGGAGGGAUGCCGAAGGGCUCAGCAGGAGACCGUGGCCCCUGGUGCAGAGGGGAGCAGUUCCCAGCCUAGCUGGGCCUUGCCGGCCAGACCAGGGGACCCUGCAAAUGAGACGCCAGCCCAGCGCCCAGGCAGAGGCUUGUCUGUACCAGCUCGGAGCGCGGUCCAGCAAGCCUCUCCCGUCACUGGGGUGAAGUCCCACAGGCCCGCGGGGAGCUGCUGGCAGGAUGGGCUUGCGAGGGUGGGAGCGAGCAGGUGCAGCAGACGGCCCGGGGGAGCUCGGGCCCGGUUGAGCUGUGCCUGCGGGGCGGGCGAUGCUGCAGGCCCGUGCCCUGGCCUGUGUUCCCUGGGGCCGGUCGAAGGGAGCGCAGGGACGGGCACCUCCUGCCAGGGGCUGGUGCGGGGGGUCACCCCUCGUGAGUGUGAGCGUGAGCGUGCGCGGGCUGAGCUCUGCUCCCCGGCUGCAGGAGGGCCCCGUCUGCUGCCCCGAGCACGUGCUGUGGUGCCAGGUGGCGAGACGCCACGUGCCAAAGCGGGGUGUAGAGGUCCCUGCAAUCUCUACCCGCCAUCGGUGCAAGGGGCUGUACGUAGGCAGGCUCCUGGCCCGUUCCCUCCUCACAUGCGCAGCGCCCUGAGCCCUGGCAGGGAAAGCCCUCUCUUUCCUCAGGAAUUUCUCCAUGCUUUGCCCCAGGCCGGAGAACCGGCCUCCCCGCCCGCCUGAACCGGCCUUCCUUGCAGAGGGCCGCGGGCGGGCGGCAGGGCCGGAGCCUGGCGAGCAGGGAGUGUGUCCCCCUGCCGCGCUGGCUCCCAGCCCAGCCCAGCCCCUUCCCUCCGUCCACUGGUACGUGCAGCGUGUCUGGGGCCGGCCCAGCUCAGCGGCUCCCUGGGACAGGUCCCCGGGCAUCGGGGCGCCGGGUGGGGGUCGCUCCCUUGCCACCGUCAGCACCUCGCCCACGAGCACCUGCCACGGCGGAGGGAAGGCGCGGGCAGGGGUCAUGGCCGCGCAGCUCUGCGCUCUGCCCAGACAGAGCCGGGAGGUGACUUCCUUGCCCUUGUUCCUCUUUUUCAAGGUCUUUCUAGGACCUGGAAAUAAAUGAUUUCCUUGUCGCCUGGA